CAGCCGUCAACAUGGCGAGUGUCCGCGCAGCUUCCAGACUCCUUUCCAAAAGGACUUUAUUUAAAUCUAAAGCAAUUCCUGCUGUUGCUGUGGAGCGCUCCAGAAAUUUCCACUUUUCUGUCUACGGGAAGAAAAACAAUGAAAAAGUGUCCAGUGGUAUCUCUACUCAGUACCCAGUCGUGGAUCAUGAAUUUGAUGCUGUGGUCGUUGGAGCUGGUGGAGCAGGUCUGAGAGCUGCCUUUGGUCUCUCUGAGGCAGGCUUUAACACCGCAUGUGUGACCAAGCUGUUUCCCACCAGGUCCCACACUGUGGCUGCACAGGGUGGGAUCAAUGCAGCACUGGGAAACAUGGAGGAAGAUGACUGGAGGUGGCAUUUCUAUGACACAGUGAAAGGAUCUGAUUGGUUGGGAGACCAGGAUGCUAUCCAUUACAUGACAGAGCAAGCCCCUGCAGCUGUAGUAGAGCUGGAAAACUUUGGCAUGCCAUUUAGCCGAACUGAGGAUGGCAAGAUUUACCAAAGGGCCUUUGGUGGCCAGAGCCUUAAGUAUGGAAAGGGAGGCCAGGCCCAUCGCUGCUGCUGUGUAGCAGACCGCACUGGACAUUCAUUACUUCAUACACUCUAUGGACGGUCACUUCGUUAUGACACUAGUUAUUUUGUGGAGUACUUCGCCCUUGACCUGCUCAUGGAGAAUGGCGAGUGCAAAGGAGUUAUUGCAUUGUGUAUGGAAGAUGGCUCUAUCCACCGCUUCAGAGCCAACAAUACUGUCAUUGCUACUGGGGGCUAUGGGCGUACCUAUUUCAGCUGCACUUCUGCACACACAAGCACAGGCGAUGGAAAUGCAAUGGUCACUCGAGCUGGUCUCCCCUGCCAAGAUUUGGAGUUUGUGCAGUUUCAUCCCACAGGUAUUUAUGGAGCUGGGUGCUUGAUCACUGAGGGCUGCCGUGGAGAGGGAGGGAUCCUAAUCAACAGUGAAGGCGAGAGAUUUAUGGAGCGCUAUGCGCCCAACGCUAAAGACCUGGCAUCCAGAGAUGUUGUGUCACGCUCAAUGACGAUAGAAAUUCGGGAGGGCAGGGGUGUUGGUCCAGAUAAGGACCAUGUGUACCUGCAGCUGCACCACCUUCCUCCUCAGCAGUUGGCUGCAAGGCUACCUGGAAUCUCAGAAACCGCUAUGAUCUUUGCUGGAGUUGAUGUGACAAAGGAGCCUAUUCCAGUUCUUCCCACUGUACAUUACAACAUGGGUGGAAUACCCACAAACUAUAAGGGGCAGGUGAUCACUCAUGAAAAUGGAAAAGACAAGGUGGUCCCAGGACUGUAUGCCUGUGGUGAGGCGGCCUCUGCCAGUGUUCAUGGUGCUAACCGUCUUGGCGCCAACUCCCUAUUGGAUUUAGUGGUGUUUGGCAGAGCCUGCGCUCUCACAAUUGCUGAAGAACACAAACCAGGAGAGAAAUUAUCUCCUUUGAAGCCCAAUGCAGGAGAGGAGUCUGUUUCCAACUUGGACAAGUUGAGAUACGCAAAUGGUUCUCUGAGGACAUCUGAAAUUAGGCUUAAUAUGCAGAAGACCAUGCAGGCCCAUGCUGCUGUGUUCCGUACUGGAGCUGUGCUGAAGGAAGGCUGCAAUAAAAUGGAUGCGAUAUACACAACUUUGGAGGAUAUUAAGACAUUUGACAGAGGGAUUGUGUGGAACACUGACCUGGUGGAGACUCUAGAGCUGCAAAAUCUUAUGUUGAAUGCCGUGCAGACGAUCCAUUCGGCUGAGCAGAGGAAGGAGAGCAGGGGAGCUCAUGCCAGAGAGGACUUCAAGGAUCGCAUUGAUGAAUACGAUUACUCCAAGCCCCUGCAGGGUCAGGAGAAGAAGACUUUCGAUCAGCACUGGAGGAAGCACACAUUGUCGUAUGUUGACCCCAAGUCUGGAAAGGUGACUCUUGAGUACCGUCCCGUUAUUGACAACUCUUUGGAUGAGCAGGAUUGUGCCCAUGUUCCUCCUGCCAUCCGCUCUUAUUAAAAACACAAUCAUUUCUCA